AUGUCAACUCCUUCGGCUAAGACUGCAUCAGCAGGUAGUAAAACAAAAACAUCAACGACGACCACCACUGUCGUUAAAACGACAACUACAACAACGAAAGCACCACAACAAAAGUUAGCUACUACACUUGGUGCUGGUGCCAAAGUGAAAAAAGCUAAAACAACACCUAGCGGCAAAAAGGCCAUCAAUGCUCAUUCCAACCGCGAAUUGGGCAGCAAUGGUUUAAUGCGAUUCUCUCGUGGUCGCAUGUUCCGUCGACGUGCUUUAUAUCGUAUCGACAAAUGGAAAGGUGCUCAAGCUAAAUUGCAAGGAGAUAAAACAAAGAAGACAGCCGGUAGCAUUCAAAAGAAAAAACAACGUAGAUCGACGUUGACUAAAAAACCAGUCGGUGGUGAUCGUAAUGGUAAACAACGUCUUGUUCAAACAAAACGAACUCCACGUUAUUAUCCAACUGAAGAACGACAAAAGAAGUUCAGUGUUAAGCGAAAACGUUUCGGCGAUCAUCCACGUCGUUUUCGAUCAACACUUACACCUGGUUCAGUCGUUAUUCUUGUUGCUGGUAAACAUGCUGGAAAACGUGCCGUAGUCGUUAAACAUCUAUCAUCUGGACUCUUAUUGAUCACUGGUCCACAUAAAGUAAAUGGUGUACCACUACGUCGUAUAAAUCAAAUUUAUGUCAUCGGAACGAGUACUAAACUUGAUCUCUCAUCAGUCAAAACCGAUGAUUUGGAUGAUAAAUUCUUCAAACGUGUUCGAUUAGCCAAGAAGAACGCUGAAAAGGAUAUCUUUGAUUCGAAGAAAGAAAAAACUCAACUUAGCGACAAACGUCGCCAAGCUCAACGUGACAUCGAUACAGCCGUUCUUGCUGCUGUUAAAGCACAUUCCGACUCACGUCUUCUUCGUCGUUAUCUUAAAAGUCGUUUUCAACUCUGGAAUGGUGUUUUGCCACACAAGUUGAAAUUUUAA